AUAAUAGCAUGCGUUUCAUUGACUACUGAUCGAGCAAUCGCUUAAAUAUGUAUAUUAGAUGGAAGAAGCCAAGAGUGAAAUUUUCAAUGUGAUUCUAUUCACUUUUCACUUGUGUAAAAAGUGGCGACGAAUUAUUUUAUUUUCUUGGAGAUCAUGAAACGAAACUGAUUCCAACAUUUUGAAUUAACACAAUUGUCAAAUAACUACAUUUUAAAAAUCACGCAGAUACUGAUUAUACAUUAACAGUUAAUUUAUAAGACACAGUACAAUGCUGUAUUUUUGCCGCCAGAGCUAUUGGGUUCAGAGUUAAAGCCGAACCAAGACGGUUAAGUGAAAACUGAGAUGACAGGCUGUUUCUAAAUAAUUUACUUAAUGCAAAAGAACGGACAUCAAACUUCAAUAUCAUGGAUUUAGCGUGAUUAUGAAAUAUUUGGUGGUUGACAGUGACUGCGCUCGCAUACUGAUGAGAUUGAAAUACAUGUGCAAACCUCAUCAUUGGUGACUUUGAUCACAUCUAUGAAACUUUCUACACAGUAAUUGCACUUGAACAACACAAAGUCAAGGGUUCUAUUUGCUGGCGAAGCAAUAUCAUCGCAUAGAUACGGCACAGUCGAUGGAGCUGUUCAAUCAGCCGUCGAUGCAAGCAACAAGAUUUUUCAGGCCGUUGGGAUGCAACAAUAUGAAUAAAGUUAUCCUCCUGUUAGAGCAUCAAUUAUGUGUUUGCGUAACGACACGUAGUUCGACAUUCCUAGUAAUAUUCAGUUGCAUAAAAGAAAUUAAGUGAACUGUUUUUUAAGAAUAUAGUUUAGAAUGACUUUAAUUGUAAAAUAUUUAGAAAUACAAGCUAACCAAAAUUGCAACCAAAUACUUUUUUUAUAAAACGAUGGAGAAUUAUAAUAGAAUUCAAAUAUUGAUGUUCACUUGCGUGACUAUAUUGAGUAAUAUUAGAUUUAGUUACUGUGAAACUAAUACUACACUGAACAAAAAUGCGAUGAUUAUCAUUGUUGGUGCUGGAGCAUCUGGUAUAGCAGCUGCUUCAAAAUUAAUGGAAAACGGAUUUAAUAAUAUAAUUAUCUUAGAAGCAGAAGACCGAAUAGGUGGCCGUGUUUACACUCAUAAAUUUGGUCAGUAUUUUUAAACAUCAUUUUACCUAUCCUGGUAGAAAUGGCCCUAAGAACUGGCCACUUAUUAGGCGAUUAUGCUAUCGAUAUCGGUGGUCAGUGGGUGCACGGUAUAGACGGAAAUAUAGUUUAUGAGUUAGCACAGCCGUAUAAUCUUAUCGAAAUAUCAAAUGCAGAAAACGCAGAUUUUAAAUCAGAAUUUUUAGAUUCAUCGGGUAAAAAGCUCGAUUCUGACGAAUUGAAAAGAAUAGAAGCAUUUAUUGGAGAAUAUGUAGAAGCUCUUAACUGUGAAAAACAUCCCGGAUCUGAAAAUUUUGGGCAAUUUAUUGAAAAAGCAUUUGAUGAAGUAUUAAAAAAUGAUGAGGCAAUUAUGCAGGAGAAAGAAAGAUUUUUAACUUAUUUCGAAACAAUACGAAUCCAGUCAGAUGCUGCAGAUGAUUGGCAUGAUAUUUCUGCGCCGGGUCUAUCGGAAUUUCAUAUGUAUUCGGGAGAUGAGAAGGCUAAUUGGAAAGAAAGAGGAUACUCGACUAUCUUAGAUAUACUUAUGAAACGCUUCCCAAAUCCAGAAAAUGAACUUCCUGUUUUGAAUAAUACAAUACUCAAAACUGAAGUAACUGCAAUCGAUUAUUCAAAUAAACCCGGAGAAUCUUCAAUUUCUGUAACAUCAAACUGGGGUCAUACGUACAAGGCUGACCAUGUCAUAGUAACCGUUUCACUAGGAGUUUUAAAAGAAAAACACAAAACUCUUUUUACCCCACCAUUACCAGACUACAAAAUUAACGCUAUAGAGGCUACUGGUUAUGGUACCGCUGCAAAAAUUUUUAUACUCUUCGAUAAACCAUUUUGGCAACUUGAUGAUAGAACCAAACUUUUAAAUUUUCUUUUCUUGUGGAAAGAAGAUGAUAAAAAAGCAAUAGAAACAGACCCUGAUAAACAAUGGUUACUUGGAUUAUCUGAUGCAUUGACCGUUGAACACAAACCCAAUUUACUAGCAUUAUGGGUUUCUGGAAAACACGCAAAGCAAAUGGAAGCGCUUCCACCGGAAAAAGUUUUGGAUCAUUCUAUAGAAAAUAUAAAAAGAUUUUUAGGCAAAGCUUAUAAUAUUACUACACCUAAAGCAUUUAUACGAAGUCGUUGGCAUACAAACCCACAUUUUCGAGGGAUAUACUCUUAUCGGAGUGUGGAAGCUCACAAACGGCAAGUUUUUCCAGAAAUUUUAGAGAGGCCACUGGAUGAAGAAAAUUUGAGAAUUUUAUUUGCUGGUGAAGCCACAUCAUCUCAUAGAUAUGCUACAGUCGAUGGAGCAAUCCAGUCUGGUUGGAAAGCUGCAGAUCGAUUGAUAGAUCAUUAUGAAAAGAUAUUGACUGUACCAUCAUCAACUGCAGGCGCAUGAGGACAAAUUAUAAUAAACAACCGUGUAAAAAUGAAUGAAUAAAUAUAUGCAUAGGUGUAAUAUUGCUCUUAAAAAAAAGCUGUACAAAAAUACAUUUUUUCCCUCAAUUUUCAUCAAGUAUCAAAAUGUAGAAAUGAUAAAUAACGGAAAUAACGUUA